UAACGAGAUACAGGACUGCAUAGACAAACGUCUCGGAAUCAGGUAUAGGUACAAUAGGUAGAGGUCGCGCACAAUAUCGCGGCCACAGGCCGUGUGAAUUUCACUAUGAAAGGAUUUGUAAAGUCCGUCAAGCGAACACCGUUCAUGGUCACCAGCAAGGUUGGAAUGUCCAAAAAGUCGAACGAUCCUGAAUUCGACGAUUACCAACGGCAUUUCUCAUCCAUGGAACAAGCAGUUGAGAAACUGCUCAAAGAUACAAAGGCUUUCACAGAUGCUGUUAAUCAUCUCUUUACGUCUGGAGCUGGAUACGCUUCCCACUUCUCUGUCAUCUUCCAUCCCAUUGCUGGCGAAUAUGAUCUCCUUGGCAAGCAUCCUGAUGCCGCACAUACAAUCAAGAGCGUCGAAAAAUACGAGACCGCGAUGGAGGAACUUAGAUCUGCCGUAGCACCCGAGCUUGAGCUCAUAGAAAGUAGAAUCGUCGGUCCUACUAAGGAAUUCCAGAGUGUCAUGAAGACCAUUCGGAAAACUAUUACAAAGAGAGAUCACAAGCUCGUGGAUUACGAUAGGUUCAACAAUUCUUUAACUAAACUCAGGGAUAAGAAAGAGAAAUCUCUGAGUGACGAGAAGAAUCUAUUCAAACUCGAACAAGAUUUUGAAAUGGCAACCAACGAGUACGAAUACAUCAACACCGCUCUCAAACAAGACCUACCUCGAUUUAUGACAUUAUCAACUCAGUUCAUAGAUCCGCUAUUCCACUCUUUUUUCUACAUGCAGUUGAACAUUUUUUAUAUCUUAUUGGAGAAAAUGAACAAUUUUUCGGAAGAAGCGAAAUACGAUAUCUCCAAUCUACCUGGAAAUGAGAUAACAUCCAAUUACGAAUCUCAACGAAGCGAUGCCUGGUCGCAGAUAGAAGAACUUAAUAUCACUAAACGAAUCAUUUCGACUUCCAAAUUUGUACAGUCCAAUCGUGCUGCUGCUGGUCCAGGUGUAUCACGUACAACUUCAUCUACAUCAUCGCUCGCAUCAAGUAGAUCUCCCCCGCCGAGCGGUUUCAAGAAAGCUCCUCCUCCUCCUCCUUUCGCUGCUUCCCAUGCUGCUCCACCUCCACCGUAUACACCUUCAAAUGGACCUGCAAGCGCUGCGGCGUCUGCCGCAGCCGCGAAAAAAGCACCUCCGCCCCCUCCUCCACUGAAACCAAAACCCAAACUGGCACCUAAGCCGCAGUUUGUCGUAGCUUUGUAUGAUUUCGCAGCACAGGCGGAAGGUGAUCUGUCUUUCAACUCAGGGGACCGAAUAGAAAUCGUUGAGAAGACGGCAAGCGCGGAGGAUUGGUGGACUGGGAAGUUAAAUGGCAUACAGGGUGUUUUCCCAGGCAAUUAUGUCCAAGAUGCUUAACGGUGUUUUGUUCGAGCGAAGGAACAGACAAUACUUACCACGCACACAUUGACGAUGUUUCGGUAUCAUUAUACUAGUCCUGUAAUUCAACCAUUUGUCAAAUGAGAUGUUUUGUCCGCGAUACGGUCCAAGACCUUUCUAGAUAUGACUACAACAUCCAAGAUGACUACGUCCACUUCAAACAUCACUUUUGAGUUGGAAACUGGAUGUCAAGAA